AUGUCUUCUGAUCCACUCCCUGAUCAGCUUCCUGAUCAACUCCCUGAUCAACUUCUGGAUACUAAGUUGACCACUUUCGAGCGAGAGCGGUUGACUUUUGCUGAAAGGUUGACCACUUUCAAGCAAGAACGGUUGACUAUUGCUGAAUGUCUACUGCGGCCCCUCUUGUCGAAGCUCAAGUUGGCCUUAUCGGCUAUGCCACCAACUCAUCCAUGCUUUAAUCAUCCAUCCUUUGAAGGGAAGUCAAAGAAACCGGAUGUUAUUAAAAUCCUUGAUACUUACUUUGACCGUACGGAGAGGCCGUUCACUAACAACAACAAGACCAUUCACAAGAAGUACAAAAAGCUUAUACAUAUUAUGGAGAAACUGGAUUUUGAGUUGCUUCAGAGACUUGCCUAUUGCGUGGAAGAUUCCUUCACACCCGUCAAAGCGGAUCUUUGGCAGGCGAUUAAUUUGUGGCAUCAGGAAAAUGACGCCCUCACCAUUGUUGCCGAUGAUAUUGAAAUUGACGACUUCAUAUACGAAGUGUCGAGGAAUAAACGGAGACAAGCAAUGACUUAUAACGUCUGA